AUGGAGCCUCUGUUCCCAGCCUCCCCACUGACCAGCUGGAAUGCCUCCUCGGCAGCCACAGGCAGCGGCGACGAGAAUGGGACGCUGGCGGGGCUGGUGCCCUCACCGGGCGCCCGGGCGGUGGUGGUGCCCGUGCUCUACCUGCUGGUGUGCACAGUGGGGCUGGGCGGCAAUGCGCUGGUCAUCUACGUGGUGCUGCGCCACGCCAAGAUGAAGACAGUCACCAACAUCUACAUCCUCAACCUGGCCGUGGCCGACGUGCUCCUCAUGCUGGGGCUGCCCUUCGUGGCCACGCAGAACGCCAUCUCCUACUGGCCCUUUGGCCCCGUGCUCUGCCGCCUGGUCAUGACGCUGGACGGCAUCAACCAGUUCACCAGCAUCUUCUGCCUGACUGUCAUGAGCGUGGACCGCUACCUGGCCGUAGUCCACCCCAUCCGCUCCGCCCGCUGGCGCCGCCCUCGGGUGGCCAAGCUGGCCAGCGCCGCGGUCUGGGCCUUCUCUCUGGUCAUGUCACUGCCGCUGGUGGUGUUUGCGGACAUCCAGGAGGGGUGGAACACCUGCAACCUCAGCUGGCCGGAGCCUGUGGGCCUGUGGGGCGCCAUCUUCAUCAUCUACACAUCCGUGCUAGGCUUCUUUGGGCCGCUGCUGGUCAUCUGCCUGUGCUACCUGCUCAUCGUGGUGAAGCUGAAGGCGUCGGGCAUGCGCGUGGGCUCCACGCGGCGGCGCUCAGAGCGCAAGGUGACCCGCAUGGUGGUGGUGGUGGUGCUGGUGUUCGUGGGCUGCUGGCUGCCCUUCUUCAUCGUCAACAUCGUCAACCUGGCCUUUGUGCUGCCCGAGGAGCCCGCCUCCGCCGGCGCCUACUUCUUCGUGGUCGUGCUGUCCUAUGCCAACAGCUGCGCCAACCCCUUGCUCUACGGCUUCCUCUCCGACAACUUCCGCCAGAGCUUCCGGAAGGUUCUGUGCCUCCGCAAGAGCUACGGCACUGAGGACGCGGAUGCCACGGAGCCGCGGCCGGGCCAGAGCAGCCGGCUGCAGGAGGCCAUGCUGCCCACACGCAGCUGCAAGGCCAACGGGCUCAUGCAGACCAGCAAGCUGUGA